UUUUUUUUUUUGAAAUUGCAACCAAGAGAUGCGUUUUCUAAUUGAUUUUAAAGGAAUGUGUAGUUAGUGGAUGUAGCCGUUCAAUUUGUCAGUUUGUCAUUUUGAAAUGUUCGGAGAGCAGGCGCCUAAAUAAUAUGAUUUUGCCUCUUAAACAUUGCUUUCGAUUGUAGUCUUGUGUGCCAGAUAUAUGUGGCAUUCAUUUUAUAUGUGCUUCAUUCGAGACUGUGCUACAUGGUCAUGAAGAUGUCGUUUGGGAAUAUGCAGGUGCGUUGUUCUAGUAGGAUUUGUAUUUUGUAUAUUCUUAUCAGCGUAGUAUAGUAAUUCAGAUCAAUCUCUGAUACUUUAUUUAGUCGUAAAAAGUUUGUACAGAAGAUGUACUCGUUUGACCUGGUUGUCACCAUCUUCAUAAUUGCUUUGAUAUUCGGAUCCAUUCAUUAUAUUUUUCCAUAAGGUUAUCCGAGGAUUCUGUUAAAGUCCAUAUAGAAUUUAUAAAUCACUGUUGACUGAUCUUAUUGUGGUGUUCUGGUGCCUUGCUUUAGCGCAAAUGCUUCGAUUGCGUCAUGGAGACAAUAAACAAAGCGAAUUACUGAGGUAUGCCUCGGCGACUUUGGGGAGUGGAAAUCUGCGUGAGGCUGUAAAAUUGCCACAGGGUGAAGAUCCAAAUGAAUGGAUCGCUGUAAAUGUUCUGGAUUUUUUCAACCAAGUGAGUAUGUUGUUCGGAACAAUAAGUGAUCACUGUACGAAGGAAUCCUGCCCUAGGAUGCGUGCGGGUUCGAAACAUGAAUACGUUUGGUCGGACGGGAGGAAAACAAUUGCGUGUCCGGCACCCGUGUAUAUUGAUUAUUUGAUGACUUGGGUGCACGAGCAGCUAGAUGACGAGAAUGUCUUCCCGUCCCAGAUUGGGCAGCCCUUCCCGCCAGAUUUUUUGCAUAUCGCACAAGCGGUUGUGAAACGACUAUUUCGAGUAUAUGCUCAUGUGUACCAUCAACACCUCGAACUUAUUGAACAACUUAAUGCAAUAGAGCAUUUAAAUACCAGUUUCAAACACUUCAUGCUUUUUAUACAAGAAUUUAAUUUGAUUGAUUCAAAGCAACUGGCACCUCUGCAAAGUUUCAUUGACCGACUUACUCUGGAAGAGAAUUCAACAGUGCUAUGACAGCGAUUAGCUUUUUGCUACUUCCCUAUGACGUGUUUUUUUUUGCUUGAAACCAUGAAUAUGUCUCAAAUAGCCUUCGAUAAUAUUAUCAUCUGCUUCUUCGGAAAGUAGCAAAUGCUUUCUAAUGUUUUGCUUGAGUUGGUUUUUUCAUCCAUAUGCGAAUAUUGAUG